AUGGACAGAAACCGCAAUGCUACUGCAAUUCCGGAUUCUCAGGGCCAAUGUGUGAGAUUGUCGACAAAAACGAAUGCCUGGACAAACCAUGCCACUGGUUGGCUCAUUGCCAAAACACUCUUGGAUCCUAUGAAUGUGCCUGCUUCCCAGGAUUUCAUGGCGAUGGCUAUCAAUGUGCUGAUAUUGAUGAGUGUUCAAUGA